AUGAUACAAAAGUAUUUAUUUCCCAUAUUAUUGUUAUGUUUACAAACUAUUUUUAUUAUCCUAUUGGGUCUUCAUGCUGACUAUGGAUAUGCUCCGUUAGAUCCACGAAAUAUCACCUUACCACAAGUGACGGAUACUGCACCCAGUCGUGGUAUCGUCGAAUACUACUAUUCUAUGUUUCAAGACAUUCAUGUGAUGAUGUUUAUUGGUUUUGGUUUUCUAAUGACAUUUUUGAGAAAAUAUAGUUUUUCAUCUGUUGGAUUUAAUUUUAUUUUAUGUGCAUUUGUUCUUGAAUGGGCCAUUAUCAUCAGAGGUUAUGUUUACGAUUGGAAUUCGACAACAAAGUCAUUUAUUGUUGACGUUCAAAGUAUGAUUGUUGCGGAUUUUGUAUCAGCAUCGGUACUCAUAUCAAUGGGAGCCGUUUUAGGCAAAUUAAAUCCUGCUCAGUUGAUUGUAAUGGGAGGAAUUGAAGUUGUUAUCCAAACAAUAAAUGAAUGGAUUGGUUCUCAACGAUUUUGUGCAUUUGAUGGGGGAGAAUCAAUCUUUGUUCAUGUUUUUGGCGCUUAUUUCGGUAUUACAGUGGCAUUUAUGUUGUAUAAAGAAGAUAUUCUUGGAUCAACAAAAGAAAAUUCAAGUUAUCACUCAGAUGUAUUCAGUAUGAUAGGAACAAUAUUUUUAUUUGUUUUUUGGCCAUCUUUCAAUGCUGGUUUAGCCUUUGGCCCAAAUCGUUUGCGAGCGGUGGUGAAUACUUAUAUUUCUAUUUGUGCAUCAGUGGUAUCCACAUUCAUUUGCUCAAGUAUUCUUGGUAAAGGAAAACUUGACAUGGUCCAUAUUCAAAAUGCAACUUUGGCAGGCGGAGUGGCUGUUGGAACUCUGUCAAGCAAAAUAAUCGGACUUUGGGGUGCCAUGGUCAUUGGAACACUCGCCGGUGUCCUUUCUGUAAUAGGUUUUCACAUGUUACUUCCAUUACUGAAACGCAUUCGUCUCCAUGACACUUGUGGGGUAAAUAAUCUCCACGGUAUGCCGGGCAUUCUUGCCGGUAUUAGCGGUAUUGUUCUUGCAUUCAUUCCAUCUAAAUCAUUGUACAAAGAAGAGCUUUCUUACAAUUGUCUUACGGGAAUGAAUCGUUCUGCCGCCGUUCAGGCAGGGUAUCAAACAGCUGCUCUUAUUUUAACAUUAGCAAUGGCUAUUUCUAGUGGAGCGGUGACGGGUAUUCUCCUUCGAUUGCCGAUAUUUGAAAAACCCCAGUUAGAAACAUAUUUUGAUGACGAAUUAAACUGGCAUACACCUGAGGAUUUUACUCCUGAACGAAAUUAUGGCAUAAAUGUCGAACAAGAACUUCAUGCAUAA